UCUUUUGUUCGAUCGUGUUGUAUUUGUUUUUGAGAGAGCGAAGCGUCUCAAGCGUCUGCCCGAGUCACAGUAGUCACACACAGAGGCCGUAUUGCUCUCUGACAAGAGGCAUGAGCUAAUAAAAAUUUAAGAAGAAGUCUGCCCGAGCCGAGUGCGAGUAGUGCGAGGUCAGUGCGAAGUGCGAGUCACAGACCACAGUCAGUCGAUGACAGGAUUGCCAGAAAAGUGAAUCAAGAAAUCGGUGCUACGUCACAUGACCGCGGCCCGCGACCGUUGCAUAUUUGUUUUUUCUGCGUACUGUUGCGCGCACUCGGUCGAUGUCGACGCCCUAUCACUCGCUCACUGAGACUGUGACUCGAGCGGGCAGGUAGCUACAGGCCCUCUAAUUAAUGCGCUUGCAAUUGUAAUUAAAAGAAAAAUUUAUUUUGCAAAUAGUGUUUGCUACAACAAAGGAGUCUGGGAAAAGAAGGAGGAAAUAUUAGAAGAUUCGGACGACGCAACCACAGAGACAAUCACGAAAUAAUGUCCGAUCAUCUGGAAUCUUCCAACAUAGAGGGCAUGAAGUAUGAGAAUAUUUAUCGCGACGUCCGCUUGCCCAUAGCACGUGCAGCCGUAGCAUACAUCACCCCUCCGCACGCUAUACUCUGUCCUAACAGUGGUUUUGACCCUGAAAAGAUAAUAGUGACGGCCAUUUGUUGGACACUAGGAAAACGACCAACAAGCAUACCCGAGUACCCAAUCGUGUUGUACAACCAAUCUGUGAUAUCCAAAACAAUAGACAUGAUAAAAAACGUUCACUCUGAUCAGAUCCUAGUCUUUCUUGGCAUGGCAGGACUGAUGACUAUCGCCAAAAAGCUCGGAUCCGACAUGGAUGCAAAUGGUGAAUACCUCAUCAAUAGAUGGCAAGAUGUUUGUAGCGCAACCGAAAUAGAAAACAUCUUCAUAUCGAGUGUUGUUUCGCGGGAGCGAUACAUGACCUUUAUUAGAACAUUAGAGAUUUGGCAGAUUGGGAUUGAAUCGAGACCUGCACUCUACAGAAGCCUUCUUGUUGCCGCCCUGGACUGUCCGGAAGAAUCUCCUAUGCUUGUGAAAACUGCGAUGGCUAAAGUAAAAAUAGAGAUUCAAUAUUUCGGCAUGGAGAUGAUACUAAAGAUGGAUGCCUUUGUGUCUUUACAAAAUAUAAAUGUAAAUAAAGCCAUCUUCCUCCCGGAUAUCGCACAACAAGCUGCGGAUCUCAGAAGAGCUAUGGACGAGUUACGUACAAGAUAUGGAGAUCGUUUCCCAUAUUUGGAAAUUUACAGGCUCAAAGGAAGCGAUCGCCUCAAUUGUAGCAAAUACCCAGACCUUUUCUAUGCGGUUGUUGCGACCGAAGUUGCCAACAAAAAGACAAUCCCUGAUAGCGUAAGGCAUAUUUUGAUAGAUUUGCAGACUCGUACCGAUAGACAUAUCAUAGAUGCUGAAGUAGAUAAAACGCUGAAAUUCGAGAUCCUUGAUCUUGAUGAGGUAACUACCGCCAAUCUCCGUUUCCUUAAUAUUGAGUCGCGUCUCUUCUGUAAGCGUCGAGAAAAAAAUGAUGACAACGAGAUACUAUUGAAGGGCCGAAAGAUUAAAUAAAUGCAGAAACUUAUUAACAUCUUGUUAUACGAUAAAAUAUCAACUAAUUGCGAGAUAUAUCAGUUGCUUGAAAUUUAUAGGAUAAUCUCAUAAGUAUGAAUAAUAAAAAUAACAGAAGAUGUAUCAGCCAGAGCGAUUAUUUAUUUUUACAUAAGUUCGAUGGAAAGUAAUAAGUGAUGAUAGGAUGAUUUUCGCGAAAGAGAUAUUAUGUCUCCAAAUUUAU